AUGAGGAUCAGGACAACACCUGCCCUCAUUGCGACCGCACCUUCACCUCGCACAUCGGCCUGGUUGGUCACUUGCGAAUCCAUCGCACAGAGACUGGCGGGCCAGUGCCUGGAGCACCAACCUACACCCACUGCACUCGCCUCCACUGUCAACACUGCCCUCGCACCUUCAUGCACCGCAUGGGUCUGUUCGGUCACAUGCGCAUUCACGAGAGCGGAAUUGACCACAAUUCUGACACACCCACCACACCCAACACACCCACCAGGCCCAGCACCACCCUCGCUCCAUCGCCACACGCGCCCAUCACCACCACCACCACCCCCACAACCGCUUCCUCUACAGCUGACACCGACAACGUCGACCUCCCAUGCCCACACUGCGGCCGCACCUUCACCUCACGCAUCGGCCUGGUCGGUUACUUGCGAAUCCAUCGCACAGAGACUGGCGAAACAGUGCCUGGAGCACCAAUCUAUACCCACCAACCUUGACUCAACUGUUCAAACUGUCCUUGCACUUUCAGGCACCGCCUGGGUCUAUUCGGUUACAUGCACAUCCACGAGAGCGGAAUUGACCACAAUUCCGACACACCCACCACAUCCAACACAUCCACCAUGCCCAGCAGCACCCCUGCUCCAUCGCCAUACGCGCCCAUCACCACUGCCUCCUCUACAGAUGACACCGACACCACCGACCUCUCAUGCCCACACUGCCCACGCACGUUCGCCUCACACAUCGGCCUGGUCGGUCACUUGCGAAUCCAUCGCACAGAGACUGGCAAACCAGGGCCUGGAGCACCAAACUACACCCACCACGCUCGCCUCCACUACCCAUAUUGUCUUCGUACUUUCACGCAUCGCAUGGGCCUAUUCGGCAACAUGCGCAUUCACGAUGACCUGCGGUAAACAACCGCCGGUUACACCACACCACAACACCCUCCUGCCCUGCCUCCUCCUCCUCCUCCUCCUCCUCCUCCUCCAUCACCACUACUUCACCACACAUCAACACUCACCCACCGCAGUCACCCAUCUGACACCUCCCACUCAAGUGGGAAGUCCGCAUCUCGACUCGGUCCCCAUGCGACUUCGGCCGCACGCGUGA